CUUUACCACUAAAGGGAUUUUACACGACUGUUAUACCCAUAACCAAAAUGAGAGCCUUCAUCUUCCUCGCUAUUUUAGCUGUAACCUGUCAUCAAGUAUUUUCAGAUGAGAUUAAAUGUGCCUUCGGUUCCGGAUCAUGUACUGCUAAGUAUACAGAUCUUUUAAUAGGGGACAAAACUUGCGAUCAAAAAGCCCCCCUUUUCGCCUGUUUGAGAGAUGCGGGGUGUUCACGAGACGACCAGACUUAUAAGGCACAAGUAACAGCAUAUAAAUAUGAAAGUUGUGGAGCAUCAGCUAUAAUUAUGGGAUGGACAUUACCAAUUCUGAUGUUUACAGUAGCUAAAUAUUUCUUUAAAUAAACUACAGCACUUUUUAGAACAGAACACUUUUACUCAAUUCGACUUUAAUUAAUUUUUCUAAAUCAAACAUGUAAAUUUAGAGAAUUUUAAAUAAUAUUUUUUAUGGAAAUUUACAUUGAAAAAUUGUGGAAAAGACUUCUUAUUUCUGUCUUCUAAUAAAUGCUUUCCACAUGCAUGUAGAUGUAAACAUUUUUUGGAAAUUUUAUUGGUAACAUGUUAACUUAUGUAUUGUUUUUUUUUUAUUAGUCAUAUAUUGUUGUACAAAAUAAUAUACAUUGUAUCAAUUGAACCAUUAAAAUGUUUGCUGUUGUAUUAUCAUGAUUAAAUGAUAUUUUGAUUCAAAAAUCUGACAG